GAGCAUCACUACCUGAUAUGGUCUAGAGCUUGUAGCAUACUUAUUGGUCAAAAAUUGCUGCUUUUCAGGAUGCCAUAUCUGAAGUUGGACAUGGGGUUCCUAAGUCUACUAUUCAUUAUUCCUUUUUUAUUUGGAGUCACAGUAGUCUGCCAAUAUGAAUUUGAUGACUUUGAAGAUGACUACGAAAAUGAAAUAGAUCAUGAAUAUCCACCCAUUUUCCACCAUAAUCCUGGGAUAGAAAAUGCCUUUCCUUAUUUUAACACACCAAAUGAAUGUGCCAAAGAAUGCUUUUGUCCUCCUAAUUUCCCAAUAGCAAUGUACUGUGAUCAUCGUAAACUUCAGAAAAUACCAAGCAUACCCUCUCACAUCCAACAAGUUUAUCUGCAAUAUAAUGAUAUUGAAGCAGUACAUUUGGAAUCAUUUGUUAAUGCUACUGCCUUGAAAGAAAUUGACCUCAGCCAUAACAAAAUUAAGUCUCAUAUGAUUGACACAGGCGUCUUUGGCAAACUCUCAAACUUAGCUCAACUCCACUUACAAUACAAUCUGUUAGAAGAAGUUCCAUACCCACUACCCAGAAGCUUAGAACGCUUGAUCUUGGGCUUCAAUCAAAUUUCCAGUUUGCACCGCAAAGCUAUAGAAGAUUUAGUAAAUCUCACCAUGAUUGACCUCUGCAGCAACUACCUUGAGGAUUCACAAUUCAAAGGAAUACAGUUUUCAAAUACUAAGAAUCUAAUGCAACUCAACCUCUGUAGCAACAGAUUACAAUCAAUGCCUCCAGAACUACCAUCUUCACUCAUGUAUCUUUCACUUGAAAACAAUUCAAUUUCUGUGAUUCCAAAUAACUAUUUCCAGAGACUUCCCAAACUUCUUGCUCUUAGAAUGUCAUACAACAAUCUGCAAGAGGUUCCCCACAAUGCUUUUAACAUUCCUGGUCUUGUGGAACUCAACCUUGGACACAAUAAACUGAAGCAAGUCUUCUAUAUUCCAAGAAGCCUGCAGCACUUGUACAUAGAAGAUAAUGAAAUAGAAGUUAUGAAUAUUACCUUAAUGUGUCCUUCUCUUGAUCCACUGAACUUCAGUCACUUAACCUAUAUACGGGUGGACCAAAACAAACUCACUGCUCCUCUAAGCACAUACGCCUUCUUCUGCUUUCCACACAUACGAAGUAUAUACUACGGUGAACAAAAACUCAGUACCAAUCAACGAACACAACUAAGAACACCAGUGUUUCGAAGAUACCUCACACCAGAAGAGUAUGAAGAAGCAGAAGAUGGCCAUGAAGAUCAAGGUCAUGAGAACGAUAUUAGAGGAAGGGAGGAUGACGACUACUUUGAUGCUUACUUGUAUUAAAUCAUUGUAGAUGCAAUCAUAAUGAAUGCUGUUUUCUCACAUGAUUCACCAUCCAUUCUAUACUAAUUAUAAACAUUUCCAUAUAAUUGAGGAGAAUGCCUAUUUUAAAAGCAAAUGGAGUCACUUAGGAAACACAGAACUAUAUGGCAUUUCUUAGCCCUCUGAAGUAAGUGAAGCAAGUACUAGCUAUUGUUAACACCAAAUUUACACAAUUUGAACAUCAAGGUUGUGAAAGAUUCUAAACAUCAUGCCUGUACAAUUAGAAAAUUUUCAAGGAUAUAAAUAAACAUUGUGACAGCUCUGCAUGUAUAAUGCAUAUCUAAUGCAAAUAUCAAGGAACCAAGAAGAAAAAAAGAAAAAGAAAUAAAAAAUAUAUGUCUGUAAUGCGGAAAAGUA